UUGAAACGGUUUGUGAUGUUGGAGGGGUUUCCAGCUGUGUAUCAUCACGAACUAAUGCUCAAACAAUCGAUGAUGAUGAUUUAGUGGUGGGUUUCAAUGACGUGGCAGAAAAUAUCAUUGAUGGCCUUACCAGAGGGAUGACAGAGCGUGAUGUAAUUUCAAUUGUUGGAAUGCCUGGACUUGGCAAGACCACUCUUGCAAAAAAAGUGUUCAAUGAUGAAAAGGUUUCUAAUUACUUUGACAAACGUGCAUGGUGUUAUGUUUCUGAAGUAUAUAAAAGGAAAGAUUUGCUCUUGGAGAUUUUAUCCCAAGUUCUCGAGGAUGCUGAUGAAGCGACUAAAAUGAAAGAUGAUGCAGAUUUAGCUGAACUGUUGUAUAGAAAGUUAAAGAGGAAGAGGUACCUAAUUGUCGUAGACGAUCUUUGGGAUAUCAAGGCUUGGGAUGACUUGCAGAGGUCAUUUCCAGAUGAUGAUAAUGGUAGUAGAAUAAUGAUUACAACUCGACUGCAAGAUUUGGCUUCACAAAUUGAAUCUGAUACGAAGCCUGACAAUCAUCCCACUCCUCUUCGUUUUUUCACUGUUGAAGAAAGUUGGGAGUUAUUACGUAAGAAGGUUUUUCCAACAGAUUGCUGCCCAGAAAAACUAAAGGAACUAGGAAUGCUAAUUGCAAAAGGUUGUCUAGGACUUCCUCUUGUUGUUACUCUGGUAGCUGGGCUUCUGGCUAGAACAGAAAAGAAAGAGGUUUGGUGAAAGGAAGUCGCGG